CUGCAAUACAAGGCCAUAUAACCUGCAAUAGUGCUGCAAUACAACAUAUGAGGCGACGACGCUGGAUAUUCGGUUGCUUGAAAGCGGCUUGAAUUAAGGAUCAAGAUGAGGACACCUCCGGGAUUUAUAUUGAUAUCGAAAUCCAGUAUGAAAAGAGUGUGUUUUGUUGCCGUCAGUUCGUGGUGAACAUGAAUGCCGUGUCGGGUGAAUCCUACUGCUCUGGAUGCAAGUGGGAGGAAUAUGAGCUAGUGUCAGUUGUAUACCACAACGAGGAGCGCGCCCAGCACAUUUUUCGUGAGCACGGAAUUCUACCGUCAAGUGUCACCUGUCCUUUGUGUGAUAAGGAGUGUACAUUUUAUGAGGACAGAGGUCUGUGGCGCUGCACUGCUCACGUCCCAGUGGCGAAAAAGAAGAAGCGGCGCUCUUGCUCCUUCAGCAUCUCAGACAAAAAAGGGACUAUUCUUGAAGGAAGUCACAUCAACGCAUGGCAAGUACUGUUAUUUAUUAAUUUGUUUGUGCAGAAAAAGUGGUGUCACAGCGCUGCCUCUCGAAAUCUGGGGAUCACAUUGAAGACAAGCGUGGACUGGAGAAUUCUAUGUUCAGAGGUCUGCCAAAGGUGGUUGGACCAUCAGGAGCCAAUAGGCGGACCUGGAAAGAUCGUAGAAAUCGAUCAGACAUUUUUCAUCAAAGAAAAGAUCAAUCAUGGUCACAAACCAAGCCGUGUCUGGCUUUUGGGAGGUAUAGAACGUGAUAGUGAGAAAAAGUUCAUUGUUCCUCUCCCAGAACCACUGAGCACAGAAGAGCAAAGAGAGGAUGAAGCUGAGGGAGCUCUCAUACCCCUCAUUGUAAGGCACGUGCUGGCAGGGACAAUCAUCCACACAGACAGUGGGGCAGCUUAUCGUCGUCUGACCGAGCUUGGUUUUCAGCAUUGUACUGUCAACCACAAGGAGAACUUUGUGAGCCCCGUGGAUAAGGAGGUGAGGACGCAAAAGAUCACACGGCUCUGGAGGGACGUAAAGGAGUGGUGCUCCCGACCCGGUAACAAGGCGAAAUACAUCGACCAGUACCUGGGCCGGUACGUCUUCCUGAGCUCUGUGCCACCAGAGGAAAGCGUGCACCACUUUCUGCAGGCUGCCAGGAAGAUUUACCCUCACCACAGUCAGCAGCGCAGCUGCUAGCUCUGAGAUAACGUGCAGACAGCUGCCAUCGCAAUGUCUGAAGACGUCAGCUGGAGUGAAGAGGGGCUGUCGCUGACCGCACCCUCUGAAGAUGAUGACACACAGGCCCUGGUCUCUAACACAUCAAUCACCAUCACGCCCUCCUCUGGCACUGCUGGGGACGGAGAGGCAGUUCUCACUGACACUGAGACCUCUGUGACAGAAACGGAGGCGGCGGAUUCUAACGCAGGCAUUAUGAAAACACAGACUAUUGUUGUUUAUGCUGACACUGAAGCUGGCGAAACUAUUGAGGCUGCAGAGGCUGGUGGGUUGCCUUCUGACAUUGACGCUAUGGAGGCUGAUGAUGUGGCUGCUGAGACUGGGACAGCACCAGCUGAGACCUCAAUGAUGGCCACAGAUAGCGAGCCCAUGACCGCUGAAGCUGGGACUGCUGAGACGAAGGCUUCGUCUGUCGCCCCGGAGGUGAUGUUUCUCGACGCGGAGGGCUCUGGCACCAGCGCCGGCACGCUGCAGGUGGACGCCGGCUCUGCUCUGGACGCGGAGAGCGCGGCGGCCGCAGCCGGCGAUGGCAGGAAGGUGCUGCUGUUCACCCUGUUAGACUCUGACCUGGGCGACGGAGGAGACACCGAGUCGAACCAGGUGACCCUCCACAGCGCGCCCGUGGCCGCCGACGGGCCGGCCAAGAUCGAGACGCGGCUGGCGGUGCGCGAGGCGCUGAUCCCGUCCCGCCGCUCCAGCCGGCCGCCCGCCCGGCCGCCGCGCUGCCGGGCGUGCGGCGGUCCGCCGGGCAAGGGCGCCGGCGGCUACUGCGACGACUGUACAGUGGCGGCCGGCACGGUGGAGGGCGAGGAUGGGGAGGAGUGCGAGCCGCCGGUGCCGCCCUGCGCCGACUGCGGCCGCCUGUUCGACUCGGCCUACUCCCUGGUGAGCCACCGCGCCAACGAGCACGGAGGCACCAUCUACCCGUGCGCCUUCUGUGGACGGGAGUUCCUGCGGCGCGCCGACCUCAAGAGCCACAUGAACCUCCAUCUGGGCAUCAAGAAGAGUGUGUGCGAUGUGUGCGGGAGGCAGUUUUCGCACAUGUCCAACCUGUACCGUCACAGGCGCAUCCACACCGGCGAGCGGCCGUACGUAUGCUCCGUGUGCGGCAAACGCUUCAGCCAGGCCAACGCACUCAGCGCCCACGCCGAAACGCACGAGGUCAAGUCGAUGCACAUGUGCCCGUUCUGUCCGAAGAAGUUCCGCAACCGCUCACAGCUGGCUGGUCACAUUCGACUGAUGCAUCAGUCGGAGGUUCAGCAGCCGAUGCGCCGUCAGUCGCAGGCCGGGCGCCGGUUCCACUGCGGUGUGUGUGGCGCGCGGCUCGACUCGCGGGCCAAGCUGCGCCGCCACCUGGCCGACCACCCGGCGGACAGUCUGCGCUGCGCCGUCUGCCAGGAGGCGUUCCCCUCGGCCGAGGAGCUGACCCGGCACGCGUGCAGCGCUGCGGGCAGAGCGGCGGAAGAGGAGGAGGAGGAGACGGUGGUCGACCUCAGUGACGUGGAGGAACCGGUGACGAAGGAGAGCGCCGCCACCGAGCAGCCGGCCCGGCCCAGGUCGUCCUUCAUGCUCUCCGACAGCAGGGAGAGGAAGGAGGAGGAGCCGGCCGGCCUGCUGGCGGCCGCUGACCGCUCCACCGAGGUGGAUAACCUUAUGGAGGAGCUGGUGGCCGUACAGAGCGUCGGCACCCAGUACGAUGUCAACGAGAUCCUCUACCUGACGGAGACGGAGCGGCUGGGCUCGCCGCCGGCGCCGCCCACCCCGCCGCCGCCGCCGGAGCCCGAGGAGCCCGAGAAGAAGGAGUGCGAGGCGGAGGAUGGGGAGGAGCAGCAUCUGGAUAAGGUGAUUGAGGACGUGGCGCGCGGCGGCGCCGGCUCGCCGGACUCGGCCGAGCAGUUCCCGUGCUCCACCUGCGGUCGUAUGUUCUCCCGCCUCUCCAACCUACGACAGCACGAGGCAAUGCACGACGCCACGCUGCAGCGCUUCAAGUGCGACAAGUGCGACUUGACCUUCGCCUGGCAGCAGACUCGCGACCGACACGUGCUGAAAAUGCACACGGACAGCAUCAAACGUGUGCCGUGUCCCGCGCCCGGCUGUAAGAAGACGUUCAUGCCGGAUUCACUGCGGGGUCACAUCAAGAGAAUCCAUCUGAAGGAGCGCAACUACGGCUGCUACAUGUGUUCCAAGACGUUCCACGGCCGCUCGGAGCUGCAGGACCACGUACGGAGUCACACGCAGGAGCGGCCGUACGUGUGCUGCACGUGCGGCCGACAGUUUGGCUACCUGGGCCACCUGCGACGGCACGAGGAGGUACACGAGCGCCUGGAGGAGGAGGAGGCGGCGCGGGCGCGGCGCGACGGACUGCGCACCUACCAGUCGCGCCGCGCGCCGGCCCGCAUCGCGCCGCGCCCGCCGCACGGAGCGCCCGCGCAGGACAUCGUCAAACACUCGCUGGAGAGCGCGCGCAUCCCUCUGCGGCUGGAGGGCGGCGGGGCGCUGCCGCCGGGCACGCGGCUGGUAGCCGCCGGCCCGCUGAGCGGCGGGAUCACACACCUGGUGCCGGUGUCGGGCAGCGCGCCCGCCGGCCAGCCGGUGGUGGUGGCUGGCGCUCCGCCGCCGCCGCCGCCGCCUGCCGAGGACGUGGUGACAGCAGUGGUCGGCCCGGAGUGUAAGGAAAUCAUCAUUGUGGAGUGCGAGGUGUGAUCGACUCCAGCGGCCCAAGCAGCACCCCGGGAGGUGCGAUGACGCGCCUCCAGCGGCGGUCUGGACUCUCGAAGCCCGACCGGCGUCUGCCACUGGUCGCUGUCGGGCCACAGAGCUGCUCGGCCAGGACGCUGGGCUGAUCGUGUGAUCAACAUGGGACAGGUCGUGCUGGACUCAAUGAGGAACAGUCUGAGGAAGGACAGACAUUCGGAUGCUCUCUGCUUCUAAGGACACUGCAUCCCUCGUGACCGUGAGAGAAGGAGAGUGUUGAACUGUGGGGAAAGUGAUUGUGUGUAUGUCUCCUUCUCAUGUUAACCUGCUAGCCCGGGACGCUCCGCUUAUCUGCCGAUUGAGUGCUUAUCUGACACUUUGUAUGAAUUAUUAUUUGAAGUGCAUUGUUUUUUUUUUUCGUUGUAUAAAGGCCAUGUACAAGGAAUGAAGAGCUGAGUAGGUGUGUGCCACUGUAGUUAUAGACGUACUGCGUAGCGCAAACUAUGAUGCAACGAAAGGGGAGGUUCAAUUCACGUCCGCUUCUGGCAUAUUUCAUCUGGAACUUUCUAACUGGCAUUCAUUAAGUUUCAUUGCAUUUAGAGCCGAGCGAAGAUGUGGAAUGACACAUUUCUACGUAUGACCUGCAGUGGUGUAGCUACCAAGCUAUAGCGACAUAUAUCAUUUCAGGAAUUCAGUUUACUUGGUUGUCUUGAUGGGUUUUGUGCGUGGUUGCGCUUGUAUUGUAAGCUUGGUCACUCGUGCGAUUUCGUCAUGUCAUUUGACCGAUGUUCUUGUAAUCCAGAAGCAGUUUGCUUGAAGCAUUUGCGUAGAGGGAGGGAAGGCAUAGCGUGUAAAGAUGGGCACAUCGCCCCCUUCCUUCGCGACUUCGUGAUCGUUUGUACCAUUUCGUUGUCACCACGAGUUUGUGUGCUGAACAAUGUACGUUUUGAUAUUCA